AUGAUGUCAACAGAUUUUGACUAUUUUAGCUCACAUGGUUUAUUCAGUCACGAAAAUGAUUUGUUGUCCGAUACUAUGUUCAACGCUACCGGAACGAAAUGGAAAACUUUAAGGUCCAAACUAUCUCCUUCCUUUUCAUCCGCAAAAUUGAAAACCCUGUUUGGAAUGCUUUAUCAGUUAGGUGAUCGAUUUGAGAAAAAAAUUGAAGAUUAUUCUAAAAAAGGCGAAACCCUAGACAUGAAAAAUUUAGCAAUGUGUUUCGGUACUGACGUUGUUUCUAUAUGUUUGUUAGGUCUUGAAAGUGAUUGCAUGAAUUAUCCAGAGAGCGACUUAGGAACUAUAAGCAAACUUAUGUCGGAACCAAGACCAGUUAAGUUUAUGGUAGAAAACACAGUAAAUUGGAAUCUUCUUGGUACAUUAGGUUAUAGAGUUUGGAGUAAAAGAAUCGAUAAUUUUUUUUUGACAUUAAUACCUGAUGCUUUGGAGUUUAGAAAAAAAAAUAAACUGUCAAGAAACGACAUGAUUGGUUUAUUGAUACAGGCACAAGAUAAUGACCAAUUGACUGAAAGAGAGGUUAUAGCAAAUAUAGUUUCGAUAUAUUUCGCAGGUUAUGAAACUACAUCGACUACUAUAUCGUUCCUUAUGUAUGAGUUAUCAAAGAAUCAGGAAGUGCAAGACAAGCUUAGGAAAGAAAUAAUGGAUUUAAGAAAACUCACUCCCGAUGGGGAAUUUACGUAUGAUGAUUUGGUACAUAUGAAAUAUGCCGAUAAGUGCAUCUAUGAAACGCUUAGAAAGUAUCCACCAGUACCAGAGGUUCCUAGAGCUGCCGUGAAAGACUAUAAAAUUCCUGGCACAAACCAAGUAAUACCAAAAGGUGUACUCAUAACAACUCCAGUUAUGAGUGUGCACUAUGACCCAGAAUAUUACCCUAAUCCAGAAGAAUUUAACCCAGAAAACUUUUCGCCGGAAAAUAAGGCUGCAAGGCACGAAUUUUCAUUUUUAGGAUUCGGAGGAGGUCCUAGAAUUUGCAUAGAACCUCACAAAGGACUUCAACCAAAUGAACUAUGUCGUCAUCAGCAGGGGACUAAGAAACGCCUUAAUGGAGGGCAAGGUAGAGGAAACAGUGUUUCAGUGUUUGUGGAAAAUAGGAACGAAAACAAAUUUAAUCAUUCUAUCAUUACCUCUGUGAGGAAAUAG